GCCUUUGCACGCGUCUGCUUUAUGCAUUCUUUAAAUAAUGUGAAUCGCAGUGACAGAUUGCAAACUGUAUCACAUUUCAUUAGUUGCUGGUUUUGGGAACAGUUGGCGGAGGAUGGAAUGGAAUUGUUGCGAAUAGCCUAUGGUACCUCUUAGCCGAAUCGCCACCUGGUCAAAUCUACAGCAUUUAAAUAUCACAGUUUACCUGUAGAUAUUUCUGAUUCAAAAUGACAACAAGGUCGUCUUUGUACCUUGUUAUGCUUACUCUUGUUCUCUCAACUCCGGUGUGUUCGCUGGCUCCGAUAUAUGGCAACGAAGAUCCGCUACUUCCGAACAGGUAUCUUGUUCAUCUCAAGGAACACAGCAAUGUCCACCACACUAUAGCUGCAAUGGAGCAUUUAUCAAAGAGGUCGCAACUCUUAAGCCGAGUGCACGGUAUUUUCGAGCAUGUUAUCAAAGCAUUCGUCGCAGAGAUGGACCACGACUCGCUCCAAUCGAUUCUGUCAAACCCGGAGGUGGAAUUUGUUGAGAGAGACCAGACAGUUCAUAUUUUGAGACAGGAAGGUGACAUUCCUUGGGGUCUAGAUCGCAUCGACCAGCGAGAUCUGCCCCUCGAUGGAAAAUACGAAGUUGAAGUAGGUUCAGGAGCCGGAGCCCACGUUUACGUCUUUGACACGGGAAUCCUGGCUUCUCAUGAGGAGUUCGAAGGCAGAGCUGACGUGGUCUUUGAUUACUUUGGAGAAGAUGGUGUUGAUUGUCAGGGUCACGGCACGCAUACGGCCGGCAUCGUUGGAGGCAAGACAUACGGUGUAGCAAAGGAGGUCGCUCUACACGCCGUACGGAUACUGAAAUGUGACGGAAUGGGCUCUGUGUCUGGAGUCAUAGCAGGUCUGGACUGGGUCAAAAGCAACGGCAUACGGCCGGCCAUCGCCUCCAUGUCCCUUGGCGGUAACUUCUCGCUGUCUCUGUCCGAGGCGAUAUGGAAGACCGUCUCGUCUGGAAUUGUAGUCACCGUGGCUGCCGGUAAUGAACACACUGAUGCAUGUACGGUAUCACCAGCCAACUCUGUGAAGGCCAUCACCGUAUCAGCCACUAACAUCCACGACCGCGAGGCAUCUUUUGCUAACGUAGGCCCAUGUGUCGAUCUCUUCGCUCCUGGCAUUGACAUCCGUAGCGCUUGGAUCUCCUCAACGACAGCCAGCCGCGUUGCAUCCGGGACCUCUAUGGCCUGCCCUUUCGUUGCAGGUGCGGCAGCUAUCUUGCUAGGAAAUGACCCUGAUAUGACCCCAGAUGACGUCAGAAUGAGAAUUCUGUCCAAGUCGUCAAGAAAAGUACAAACUGCCAAUGCGACGUCGCCACACAAGCUGCUAUACAUACCAUAGAAAUUCCCGAUAGUAUUCCCGAGAGUAUUCCCUCAGCACCAUAUCUGUUUCUUGACAAAACAUCUACAUCUGCUUUUGUUUUGAAACAGCAAAUAGAAUAGUGAUAAUCUUAUCACACCAAUACUUUAAGGAUAACGCAAACAGCUUGUACGUAUUUUCCAUUCAGUAUGCAUACAUCACAUUUAUUGGACUGGUUACAUUGGGGGGGUUUCAGUUCAGCACAGGUGAACUACCGUGCCAAGUCAUACCAGACGAUUUCCACUUUGGGCAGUAUAUCUAACUCUUCUAAGAAGCCCAGCACAAGAUGCAGUUUGGAAAAAAAGGAUAAAUCACACUGCAUGUCACCUUUUCAUUUUGGUGAAUUAUGUCAUGGUACCAACAGAUGCAACAAAGUGAUUGGUUGGCUAGGGAUUUGACAAAGUCAGUGGUUGGCUAGGGAUUUGACAAAGUCAAUGGUUGGCUAGGGAUUUCUAAUUAUGUAAUUUGUCUUCAGGAAACGGGAGACCCUUAUUGUAACUAACUCAAACUACAUGUAUGAAUGAUUUCCAAAACAUUUCAACACUCCUAGCUAACUUUGUGGGUUUUUCCUGCCUAAGCAUAUUUAAUGUUCAAGCAUGCAACCGUUUGUGACGAACCAUUCACGUUUGAAUAACUUUCCACAUCUCUUUCCAUAUACAUAACAAUAUCUUACAAGGCUUGUUUGGUUAACAGUAAUUUGUAAACCUUGACAGAUAAAAAAAUUCGGAUAAACAUGACAUAAAACAAUGGCUAGAAAAUUAACAGUCCUCUAAUUCAAUAACUACAUUGUACAAUUAUUACAUAGUUUUACAAAAUUUUAGCUGCAUAACUUUAAGCCUAAAUCAGAGAGAAAACAGCAGCAUUUUGGGUAGGCAUGACAGAAAUUUAUAUUUCAGGCUGCUCUUAAUUACUGGAAUACCUACCUACAGAAAAAUAAUCAGAUAACUU